UGGCAACGAUGCUGGCCCUCCCUCCGUUGCCUGCAUGUGUGGUUUCGUUGUGCGGAAAUAAUUGACGUUACAAGACUUCUAUCUUACUAUUCAUUUUACUUGCAAUUUUUACGAACAGUAAAACUUAAUAGAAAAUCUAAGAGCGAUAAGAUGCAGUGUGACAUUGCAGUGUUUCGCUUCAGAAAUGAGCGUAAUGUCAAGGCUAUUGCGUCACGUUAAGCAACUUGAAGCUGCGACGUUAUCUUGUGGCAAAAUCCAAAAUAAUGAACAAGAGUCGAGUUGCAUUUUCGAGUACAGUUGCCAGACGUAGAAGUUCACAUUGGGUGUUUAUCUUCUGCGGUCGCUUCAAGAGACAAGACCAGUUUCGUCAUCUUUGAGAGGGCGAGACAAGAGUUUCGUUUACGGUGGUGUGAUCAGUGCUUGUUAUUGUGUGGACAGUAUCCGCCAGGUUCAAAGAUGGCGCCUUGGGGUUUGAUUGGCCAAGCGCAAGUUGCUGUUGUAAGUGAAGAGACGUACAAUUGGUCCAGACCCUGUGAGGUCCAUGUGGUAACUCUGAAGGCAGUUGACAUCAAUGUUACAGUUCGCGGAUUCGUUGCGAGAGUAGAGGCAUCUCUGACAUAUCACAAUGCCACAACUAAUGCUCUUGAGCUUGAGUUCAGGAUGCCGGUUGAUGAAGGUGCUGCUGUGUACAAGUUUGAAGCAGUCAUUGAUGGUCGGAAGAUCUCAGCAAAGUGCAUGGAAAAGAAAAAGGCUGAACAAAUUUACAAGGAUGCUGUCCAGUCUGGCCAUACUGCAGUUCUAGCCAGGGAGGAUGCUCUGACUGCAGAUGUAUUUCACUUGGCUUUAGGGAAUCUCCCAGAAGGUUCUCAAGCUGAACUGCAGUUAAGUAUGAUGAUGGAACUAAAAGUCAAGACUGAUGGGGCCGUGAGUUUCACUUUGCCAACUGUUCUUAAUCCUCGAUACUGUCCUCUUGACAUUUCUCCCAGCCAGCAUACGGAGAGUGUUGCACAAACUGGCAACCCUGAAACAGUCAUUGUGUCUGAAGCUUAUACUUUUGGUAUAAAGGCUAAGGUUCGAGGAGGACAUAUUAUAGCUCGUGUAACCUCACACCAUGAUUCCUUGAAUGUGAAAUUAAGUGAUGACAGUAUGUCUGCAGAGGUGACUCAAGACAGCGGUGGAUUUAAGCCAGAUCACGACUGGAGCAUGUUGAUUUACUAUGCCAAUCCAUACAAGACUCACAUCAUUCGAGAAUCAGGAGAACGAGCUGGUACUGGCCUCAUGAAGGAUGAUCUUGUCAUGGUUAAUUUACACCCAGAAUUCCCAGAAGAAAGUUACUCUCACAGGAAUGAAAUUUUAUUUGUUGUGGAUCGCUCAGGAAGCAUGGAAGGAGAUUGCAUACAAAGUGCAUGCGCCACACUUCUCUUGUUCCUGAAGAGUCUUCCUACUGGAUGUUACUUCAAUGUUAUAAGUUUUGGAAGCACAUAUUCUCUACUGUUCCCAGAUGGGAGCCAGGAAUACACAGAGGAAACACUGAAGAAGGCACUGGAACUUCAUGGUACAAUAAAAGCUGAUAUGGGGGGCACAGAAAUUUUGCAACCUAUUAAGCAUGUUUAUUCUACACCUCCUAAACCUGGAUAUGCAAGGCAGAUUAUUCUGUUAACUGAUGGACAAGUAUUCAAUGUAGAUCAAGUGAAAGAACUAGUAAGUUGCCAUGCCCACGAAACCAGGGUAUUUGCAGUGGGUAUUGGCAAUGGUGCUUCAACAGCUUUGGUUUAUGGCUUGGCCAGGGCUGGCCGUGGUCGUGCUGAGAUGGUAUAUCAACAAGACAAGUUACAGCUCAAGGUGAUGGGGUUAGUGAGAUCGAUGCUACAAGAAUCUGCGCAGGAUGUGAAGAUCAGUUUUGAAGUGGAUCCUCCUGGAGGAAUUAAAUUAAUUCCCAAAAAUCCUCCAAUAAUAUUUGGUGGUCAACAUCUCAUUAUGUAUGUACGGGUGCCUACAUCAACAGAGGUAAAAAAUAUAACAGUCAGUGGUAUAGUUGGCUGUGCUGAGUUUAAGAAUUGCUAUAAUGGAUCUGAUAUUGUCACUAUUCACGAUGAAGAGAAGACCUUACAUCGAUUAGCUGCACGAGCGCAAAUUAAUGAAUGGCAGAUUGCUAAUGAAGAAGAUGUAGCUGAAGACAUGAUCACUUUGAGUUUGGCAACUGGAGUAGUAUGCAGAUGGACAGCUUUAGUUGGGGUAGAUCUGGAUAUGAAACCUGUGGGACAUAAUCCAGAGACACUGUCAUCGCGUUGUAAAUCUCUUAGUCUUGGAGUUUCACUUCGCUCCAUGGCACAAGUAGAACCAACAGUAUUCGAUAGUUUUGUUGAUGGAGCAACAUGUGAACGAAUGACUACAGAAUUUACUUCCAUGGUGUCUCGAGAUUUAUGCCUUGGAGCUUCAUUAAACUUUGAGACACUGUCAUUGCGUCGUAAACCUCUUAGUCUUGGAGUUUCAUUUCGCUCAAUGCUGAAGAAGAUGAGAAAGAAGAUAUAUUCUUCUAACAAAGAAUCACCCAUCAGAUCAAGGGUAAUUGCAGAUACAGUGGAUGAGGUUGAUACGGGUAAGGAAGCAGAGUCUGAAAAGGAACAUUAUCCAGUGGAUUACGGCAAAAAUCUUAUGGCUGUGGUUAGUCUUCAGAAGUUUGAUGGGUCCUGGACUCUGGAAGAUGUGGUGAAGGUCACAUCACUGCCUCACUCACUUCUUGCUGGUGCAACUACAUACAAGAAUGAAACAUCCUGGGCCACUUCAGUGGUUCUUGCCUUUUUGGAGAUGAAAUACUCUGCCGAAAAAGAUGAGUGGGGGUUGCUGGCCAAUAAAGCUCGGAUGUUCAUUGCAAGAUGUGGUGAUGACGUAGAAGUUCUUAUGGAGGCGGCUAGAAAAGUCUUGGCUGAAAACUGAAAACACUUUUGCGGAACCUUUUUUGUUUUCUAUAGUACCUGCAUUUGUAGAAAUUGUUUUUAGUUUGAUUAUGUAUGUAUUGUUUUGAUUUACAUAGUAUGUUGUUUAUUGUUGAAUACUUACAAAUUUUCCUAGUUUGAUUACAUAAUUUUUAGUACAGUAUGUUAUAUAGUACAUAUUUGAAUAAUUAUAAAUUUUUCUAGUUUGAUUAUAUGAUUUUGAUGCACUGUAUGUUAGUUGUGUUUGAAUAUUUACACAUUUUUGUAGUUUGAUUGUAUGUUGUUAUUUGAAUAAUUACUAUUUGUACAAUUUCCUAGUUUGAUUACAUAUUUUUGAUGCACAGUAUGUUAUUGAGUGUUUGAAUAAUUAUACAUUUUUUAGUCUGAUUACAUCAUUUUAAUGUACAGUAUGAGUUUAGUUUUAGUUACACACUUGCUGUGUGUACAGUAUAUGAAGGUAUUUGUUAUCUUUGCCAUUCAGUUAUGCAAUAAUGCAGUAUAUUUAAAAACCUCAUUUCCUUAUUAUAUCGAAGUUUUACAGUUAUCAUUAGACAGUUUAAAUAUUUGUAGUCAAUGCCAAAUGAUGCUUUUCAGAUAGCAUAUUUUUAAAUACACAGUUAUUGUGUGGGUGGUAGUUUCGCAGAUUAGAGUAAUGAGGCUUUGUAUUUUUAUUCCAUGGGGUUUCCAAAUCACCAGUGGUUUAUGUGUGUUUUCAUGUGAUUCUGUACUUAGUUGACAAAAUGUAGAAGAGAGGUUAUGAGAAACUUAUAGCUGCAUAUUAAAGUAACAAAAUUA